AUGGAUAAAAGUAACCCCAACCUUUUUCCUGAUCCUAACCAGAUUAUACAAACACAACUUGCUGCUUAUGGAUUUCAUGAUUCAGGCGGAACAAACCUGUCCACUCAAUACCCUCAAUCCCUGCCACCUAUACCUCCAUCCAUUAAUCAUCCACAGUCAGUUUAUCAUUUAAACCAGUCAGCUCAUUCCUACCACAAUCCAUCCCUGCAUCCAAUAGCAAUACCUCCCUUGUACAACCCUAACCUUUACAGAUCGAGACAUGGUGGUCCAGACCCACUUUCUCCAGAAACGCAUUCUACUGAUUAUAACAAGGUCAAUAACUCUAACAGUAUCGAUGAUUAUAAAGGAGAGGACUUGAGUAAGGGAAGUAUUAGCAAUCAAAGCAAGAGAAAAACGGAAGUGUGUAAGGAGACAACCGUAGAUCCUCAAGUAAAAAAUCCAAAUCAAAAUACUUCAAAAGGAGAACAUGAUCUGAAACCAGUUCGGGAACAAAAGGAUUUAAAACUGGACCCUAAUAAGAAACUGUACUUGGAUGAAGCUACUGGUCAAUACUGUGAAAUGGCUGAAACUCAAACUGACAACACUGCAACAGAAGAAGAGCUAUCAGAAAAAGUUGUAAUGAAUUUUUCUGAUUUGGAUGAUGAAUCUGAUAAAGAAGAAAAAAACUCCAGACAAACUAGCAAAGCUUCUAAGGAAGUGAAGGGAAAAGCUUAUACCGGAGAAGAUGACCCUGUUGUUGCCACCAUUAUAGAAAAUUUAGUCUCCCAGUCAAAACAGCAGCUGGUACCAGUGGUGGAAGAUAUCUUGGAAAAGUCAGACAAAAGAAAAUCCAAACCACAGAAGAUAAUUAAAGAAGAACCAGGAACCAAACCUUUUGGCUAUAACCAAAUUCUUGAAAUGUGUGAUAUGAAUUUUCCCAGCAAUAUUCAACUGAUUCAAGAUAUUAUCAAUUUGAGUCAUGACCUUACAACUGAAAAUGGUGAAAGUAUUGAGAAUAUUUGUAACAAACUGAUGAGUGAGCUUCUUCACUUAAAUCAUUCAAUUUCACAAGUUUGUAAAACUUCACUUGACUCAGAUAAACUCAAAUCAGAUUCUAAUUUCUCAACUCCCUUUGGAACUUUGUUAAAUGCUUGGAAAUCAAAUAUGUUAAAAAAGAAAAAGGCAGGAACUCUGAGCAAAGAAGAUGAGGAAAUGCUUGAAAUGGAAUCACUGAAUUCUAACUCUGAUUGGAAUGACUCCUUGCCCACCUCAGGUGUUGACUUCAAUUUUACUCCUAAUGCAGCUUUUGGGACAAGUGUCAAAUCUCUUAAAAAAAGACCUAAAACAAAGCCAAAAAUAGUCAAUGAACCAAAAGAUGAUGACUAUAUGCCAUCAGCUGAGAAGAGAAACAAAAGCCGCAAAAAUUCUUUGACUACUGAAGAUAAAAGUGACACCAAAAGAUCCUUACGAAACCGAUCAUCAUCAUUCACUAAAGUAUAUCAAGAUGAACCAGACUCUGAUGACCAACUGAACUCUGUUCAUGAGGAAUCUGACUUUGAGGAUGGCAAACCCGAGAUCAUUCAGAUUGCUGUUAACACACAGGAACAGUCAACAGAUUCAGCAGCAAAGCAGCACGAGUGUCCUAUUUGUAAUCUGCCAUUUAAAAGUGUGAGAUCUGUUGCUCUCCAUAAACGUCAAAAACAUGUGACUCUCACUAUUGUCAAAAAUCCAUGUAAUCUUUGUAAUCAGUCAUUUGACACUCUUGCUGAAUUGGAAAAACAUGUUUCAAACCAUGAUACAAAAGAAAAAGUUCAUUCAACGAUUACUUCUCUAACCACCUAUGAAU